CACAUGAUCGUCGUAUAAGAAGUCUUAUUUCUAAAACAAAGCUUGAAAAAUGGCUUCACCGCCUCAAAAACUGAAGUUUGAGGCAAACGGAUCUCGUUUAAGUAAACUUUUGAUCAAUAAAGGAACACAAGCCUUGAAAAUAACAUUGCAAAUCAUUAUAAACCUUCAGUCAUCAAACUUAAAAGAUAAACUUAAUGAUCCGUCUACAAAGAGUAAAUUGACACCACUAAAAUUCAAAGUCAUCAGCAAGGAGCAAUGGAACCUUCUUUACCCAUCAACUGGCUCACCUGACAUUGAACACUUUGAUAUUUCAUUAUUAACUGUCUUAUUGCGUAACAUAUGUUGUCUAACAGCGCCACAUAGUGGAUGGAAUAAUCUUCCUUCCUCUUCAGAUACUUCAAUCUCAGCAAACAUUGCAAGAAUAAAGUUUUAUCGAAACGAAGUGUACGGUCACAUAACUACAACUAGUUUAAAGGACAGUGAGUUUGAGUACUUGUGGCAGGAAAUUUCAAAAGCAUUGGUUGGUCUGGGUAUUCAACAAACUGAAAUAGAUGAAUUGAAAGAAGCUCGUCUCAGUCGCGAUGAAGCAAAUUAUAUUGAAAUGUUAAAAACUAUGAAAAAUAAAGUAGAAGAAAUUAAAGAAAAGAUGGCUACAAUAGCUGAUGUUGUUGGAGUAAAAGACAUGUUGCAAGUCAAAAUAUGUUCUGAUCUCAAGAAACUUGGCAAGUGCAAUUUCAAUGGUGUUAUAAAUGAUCUGAACAAGAAAUACCUUGAAGGCACUAGAGAAUGGUUAUUUGAAAAACUCGACACUUGGCUUAACGAUAGAAGAAAAAAUGCUUCUAAUGUCAUGAUUUUGAUUGCUGGUCCUGGCGUUGGUAAAAGUGUGUUUGCUGCUGAGGUGUGUCGACGAUAUUCUGAAAAGAAGAAACUUGCUGCUUCUCAUUUCUGCAGAUAUAAUAGAUCAGAUUAUAGAAAUCCUCGAGUGUUGAUAGAAUCAUUAGCUAGUAGCAUGUGUGAUACAAUAUCAGAUUUCAAAUGUAAACUGAAUGAAGAAUUACAGAGAAACCAUUCUAAAGAAUCAAUCGCCGAUGCAUUCCGUGUUUUAUUAAAUAAUCCAUUGCAUUCAUUAGAAGAUCAUGAACCAAUGCUUUUGGUUAUUGAUGCCUUAGAUGAAAGCCAAGUUGAUGGCAAAAGUGAAUUAUUGGAAUUGAUUACUGAUGAAUUUGCCCGACUACCUAAAUGGAUUAAAAUCUUCCUCACCAGUCGUCCAGAACGUCCUGUUCAAAAGGAGUUGAAAGACAUGAAUCCUGUGGAAAUUACAACUCGUCAUCGUGAUGAAAACAACGAAGAAGACCUGUACAAGUAUUUGAGACAUCAAUUGAAUAAUCGGGUGCAGGGAUAUCGCCACGUCCUAUUGUCAUUAGUUAGAAAAUGUGAGGGAUCAUUUCUUUAUGCGUAUAACGCCCAACUGAGCUUGAAAGACGAAAAUAUUGAGCUUACUUACGAAAACAUUCAAGAAUUGGUCCCUAGUGGGUUAAGUGGUGUUUACACAAAGCAAUUCAAAAGAGUAAAAGAAUUGUUGACGAAGGAAAGUCCCAGAAAUUCUGUUAUCUCAGAAACUACUUUCAUGCAAUUUCUUGAGUUGUUAGCUGCCUGUCGGGAGUUUUUACCAUUAACUUUACUGUUUAGCUAUUUAGGUUUUUCUGGUGACAUCAAGUUUGAAGUCCGCAGUAAAGUUAUUGAACUUUUAUCUCAAAUUUUGCCUGUUUACGAUGAUUGUUUAACCGUGUAUCACAAAUCUCUACUUGAUUGGUUGAAAUCAGAUGGUUACGAACAGCAUGAGUUUACAGUUAAUCCAAAAAAUGGUCAUAAGUUCUUAUGGCAUGCUUGUGAGAAAGUGUUUGAACAAAUUAAGUCGAUGAACAUUUUUAAAGAAACGAUGAACACUGCUAUGAUUAAAUAUGCUUUGAAGAAUGGAAUCUAUCAUAUGUUAAAAUGUGGCGAAAAUGUUGACUUUAGCUGGGCAGUGGAUGUUAAAGUGGUUUGUGCAAUGUUAAUGGGUGUGGAAGACGAUUACUUGAAUAUCAUUAGGUUUGAAUUGCGUGAAAUCAUUGAGAAACGACGUACUUUCUUAAAAAAAGAUGUACUUGAGGAACAACUAUAUCAUUUGUUAAUUACGUUAAAGAGAGUACAGAAUGAGUCAUAUAAGUCUGAUAAUAGCUCAAUUUAUUUACAAAUUAUUGCAAACACAAUUGAUAGCAGAAACGAAAGAAGAUUUUGGCAAGGGAUUUAUUGA